GUAUAUAAAUGUCGGUGGGUUCGAAGGCACAGCUGCGAUCGACCAAUUUACCUGCAUGCUGUCAUUUUAUUAGACAUUUGUAGACGUACGACGACAAAAGCAAUUCAAUCUUGUUUUUCAUCGAUUCGGAAUGAGUGAAAUUUCUGUAAAUUUAUUCAAAUAAAAAACGUGAAAAAAAUGCAUAUGUGUAGGUCAUAAUUGUGUGGUUUGUUUUGUUAGCAAUUCGAUUCGAAAUCGAUUAAAAGUCCAACUGGGCCCCCAAUAGAAGUGCGUUUUAGCUAUUUUUGGGCAUAAAAACAAAGAAAAUCAUUAAGAAGUGUGUGUGUGUGUGUCAUGGUGUGUGAUAUUGGGAGUGUUUUAAACCGUAGUGGAAUAUGGAUUUAUUUAGCGAUUUAAAACAAAAACACAACACCAAAUAGGAAAUUAAAAUCAUUCGAUGCGUAAAACCAAAAAAAACAGUGGCAUAAAAGUGAACGUGACUCGAACACAAUCCGUGAAGCAAAUCGAAGGCAGUCGAUGUGUUUUAUGUAUUGUGUGUAUACAGACAGAUACAUUGAACACACGAAAAAACGGAAGAACUUAUAUUAUAUAUGUAGACUAGCAACUGCACUCGCAAAACAAGGAUGAGAGAAAUAAAUUAUAGACAUUGAAAAAAAUAAAACACUCGUGUAAAUAACAAACAAGCGCACACACAAAUCAAGUGAACCAAUGAAACUAAAAGGCUGCUCACUUGCUCUUGUUUCUUUGUUUAGCUCACGAGAUUGUUGUUGCUACAUUUUUUUUUCGUUCCGUGUGUCCGUUCGUUGUUGUCUCCAUUUGUGAUUGUCGUCUGCGUAAACAAACAUCAUAUUGAUAUGUGUAUGGAUUGAAUAUGACUCAAGACUGUGGUUUUUAUUCUCAUUAGCUAAGACUAUCACAGUUGUUAUUCGUUCGCAGUAAUAUUUUGUGAGUGGCAUAUUGUUUAUGUGUGUGUGUGAGCAGCGCGACCGUGAAACAACACUCUGAAUAAAAUUAGACAAGAAGAGUGAGAUAAUUUUCAUAACAAAACACUUUUCGCUUGCCGUUUCACCUUAUCUGUAUUGGACAGAGACAGAAACAUUUUCGCAUGCACAAAUACACGCGGUCCUCGUACAAUGUCAUACAUAUAAACAUUGAAGCACAUCUGGUUCCGUAACAAGCACUUAAAUCCGUCGUUUUUUUUGUUUUUUUAUUAUUUUUUUUAUUCUCGUCUUUCGAAUCGGGAGAUAAAAACUACGCUGCAUUUGCGUUGAGUGUGUAUAGUCGGAAGAUCUGGUUAUGGAGCCAUCGAAAUAUAUCAAUGGCAGCCAAGUGUGCUUGUUGUAUUGUUAUUAACUGUGAACAUUUUUCUUGAGUGUCUCUCUCUCUCUCUCUCGGGCACAAUUACGCUCGACAAUUUUGGCGAAUGAAUUUUUGCGAGGCUGGUUAUCAAAAGAAAAAGAAAAAUCCGCAUGCAAUGCUGCACACACCAAAUGUAUCACUUUGCGAAAAGUGACCAAUAAAUUACGACGCCUAUUACAACGUUAUUGAAUAACCAAUGAUAAUAGUACAUUUGCCACAUUGAAUUGGGGAACCGAAAAAAAGUCGACGCCAAAUUUAAUACGUAAUUUGAACUGGCGCGAUUGCGAUUGCAGUAGGAGAUUUUGUGUGUGUGUGUGUGUGGAUGCGACCUGCAGAACAACAAUUGGAUAAAAUUAAAUUAUCAUUUUGGAUACCAUCUCGAAAAAGACUAGAGAAAAAAUAUAGAAAAAGACCGAAUCAUGACUAACGACACGAGCUUCAAUUCCAAAUCGAAUCCCCCAUCGUCGAUUAUGGAACCAAUCGACGAAACACCAUCACUCAUAUCAACGGCUGACUUACAAGAUGCUUUGAACUCCAAUUCGGACUGUGAAGAUGACAUGUUUGUACCGAACCAUCAUCACAACGGCAGGUCAUCGAGCAACAGCAGCGCACAAUAUUCAGCUACGAUAAAAAAUCAGACGAGCGAACGGUUUUUGGCAACAAAAAUGAAAAUUACCUCAAUCUCAUCGAACGAAGAUGACUAUUUGAUUGGUACAUCACCGGAGCGAAAAAUGCUAUCGCCUCUGGCAAAAAAGGAUCAAUUCCAACACACUGUGGAUGAACUAAAAUCGAUAAACAUUCACUACGAGAAGAGUUUCUUGUUACUUGACGGUUGUGAGGAAUUGCGCGUAAAUACGCCCGAGAUAUUUGCCAAACGUUUGGGAUGUACGCUAGACUCAAAGAUGAAAGUGGUUUCAAUAUUUGGCAAUACGGGUGACGGGAAAUCGCACACCAUGAAUCAUAUAUUUUUCGACGGUGAAGAAAUCUUCCGAACAUCACCAUCACAAGUAUCAUGUACGUUGGGCGUUUGGGCCGCAUACCAGCCCACGCUUGGCAUCCUCUGUCUCGAUACAGAGGGUUUACUCGGUGCAACGACAAACGGUGACCAACGAAUGCGUCUUCUUCUAAAAGUAUUGGCCAUAAGUGAUAUAGCAAUUUAUCGAACACGAUCCGAGCGAUUGCAUCGUGAUUUGUUCACAUUUCUCGGGACUGCUUCGAAAGCGUUUUACAAGCAUUUCUCCGGUGCAUUACAAUCGCUUGGCCUGCCCGGCCCACCAACCAGUUUAGGGCCAGCUGUUUUUGUUUUCCAUGAAACUCUUAAUACACAAACGAUCAAAUCAACGGUCGACAAAAGUCCUGAGGAUAUUUUACGCGAACGAUUUGCCGAGAUGAAUAUUGAUUUAGAGGCUUUCUCAUCGUUGCGUUAUAUUGGAAUACAAACACAGCAACCGCCAACUGAUUAUAGUGCUAUCAAAAAUGCACUUCAAUUAGAGAUAGAAAAUACAGCUGUUCGAUCGCCACGUCAGCCUGACGUCAUUUUCAAAGCAAUCGAUGGUUUAAAUUUGAAAUUUUCGGGUAAAAUUGUGGAGAAAUCAUUCAACCCAUUCCCAGAGCAAUAUUUCACGUGUGGCGUACAUUGCGAAUCAUGUGAUGCACGCUGUGAAUUGUCAAUGGGGCAUGUACUUGAAGGCCGAUCACAUUCGAACUCAAAAUGCUGUCGAUAUCAAAAACAGUAUGAAAAUAAUGUGUAUUUAUGUAAACACUGCCAUUUAAACGGACGUCAGACGAUUGUAAAAAUAACAACACAAACAACAAACGAUACAUCAUGGUUUGGAUUGGCAAAGUAUGCUUGGAGCGGCUCGGUGAUUGAAUGCCCAAAUUGUGGUGAACUAUAUCGCUCGCGACAGUACUGGUACGGAAAUAAGAAUCCCGAAGACAACGCUGUUCGUAGUGAGAUUGUGCACGUAUGGAAAGAUACAAAGUUCACUGGUGAUGGCCCGACACAUUCAGCACAAAUGGUCAUCGAUGGAGUAAGCUAUUUGAGUGAAACCGUUUACAAUAUUGGUGCACAACCAUCGAAAGCACUUACCGAUUGGGUCGCAGAUUGGGCAGCUCCCAGCUACUGGAAACCGAAUGCAGAAAUUAUUUAUUGUCACGGCUGUAAAAUUAACUUUGACCAAACGGGUCUUCACAAACAUCACUGUCGAGCCUGUGGUGAAGGUUUCUGUAAUCCAUGCUCAAUGAACCAGAUUCCUGUACCGGCACGCGGUUGGACCUCUCCCGUUCGCGUAUGCAAUUCGUGUAAAGACAUUUUAUCGAAAAAACGUGAUGCACGGCCUGAUGUUACUCAAACAACUGUAAUAAAUUCACCUGCAGGAGCUUAUAAUCAUGGGGUUAAUGCCAUGACUGAUGAUCAGGAUAUUCGUGUUCGUAAAUAUGGUGAGGUUGUCUACAAUACACUGACGUCGGUUGCAUCGGUGCUUGAAUAUCCAAAAGAUUUGAUAAAGGAUUCUGCUCGGCCAUCGUACUGGGUUCCAGAUCACGAUCGUGAAGCCAACUUUUGUUGCGUUUGUACAAAGCCAUUUGGAACCGCUGAAGAGCUUACAUCGUUUGCCCGAAAGCAAGCCUCAAACUCUGCACAACCGGAAUUAGUUGAUUCCAAUGAAAUGCUUGGAUCAUCAUCGAACCUUUGCGAUCGUCGAAGACACCAUUGUAGAUCGUGUGGUCAAGCUGUGUGUGAUUUUUGUUCGCAAAAUCGAAUGCCCGUCCCAGAACGUGGAUGGGUCACAGAUGUUCGCGUGUGCGACACCUGCAACAAGAAAUCUCCAAUAUCAUAAACGCAUGCCAACGUUCUGAUCCGAUUCACCCACCCACAUAAAAACCGAUGGUAUAAUCAAGUGAUUCGUGUAUACAGAUUAAGAAUAGCCCCAUGGCACGAUAGGGAAUGUAUCAAAUUAUUUUGCAACAACCGAUUGAUAUUUCGUUAGCAUAUUAUUUGUGAUGCAAUCGCUCGCAAAUAAUCUAGUUUAUAUAAAUAUGCAUAACGGAGUGAAUCUAGUGUGUUUUACAGCUUGUCAUUUUUUUUUAAAACAAUAUUUUUUAUACAAUAUUUUGGUAUUUUAACGAGCAGACGUAAUGCAAAUAGAAUGAAGGGAUUGGUUGAGAUUGGAGCUCAACUAAUGAAUGUUGUGAUAUUGUUAUUGGCCUUCAAUUGGCUUCAGACAGAUUGUUAAAUAGGCGUAAAGGGAAUCAACAGAGGGAACCUCUGUCUUUUGGAUGCAAAUUCAGAUGCAACGUGUCAUUUCGUUUUGGUCUAGACAUAAUUUGCAAUUGGAACGAUUUCGAUUUAAAAUAAUGUAAUUUAUGGUUUUCUUCUUUGGCAUAAUCCAUUGUAACCGAUAUAAAUUUCAACUAAAUUCAAUAAAAAAAAAACAAUUAUUACACGCA